GUCUUGGCACGAGCUAUCAUGUAGCUCUCUCUCUCUUUGCCGCAGAUGGCCGCGUACAACGUGGAACCUACGCCGAUCCAGCACUUGAAAACCAUCCAUCAUGCCCAACAUUCCUACCGUACUCACCUUUUUGCUUGCCCUCGGCACCGGCAUUAAUCUCACAUCCGCCGCCGCCCCGGCCCACGCUGGCUUUCACAUCCAGUACCCAUGGUCGUCCCGUGGUGCCAACCUCCCGUCCCGGGCAGAGUUAGAUGAGUUCCACCCGUUUUGCCGGGAGAUCGUGCACAACCCCCAAGCCUACGCCCGCAGCUCCCGCACAUUCCUUUCCUUCUCUGGCCAUCCCGGAGACCUUGUCACGGCCCUUUACACCCGGAACAGAGUGCCGAAGAAGAGGGACGACUUCCCCCAUGUCAUCCUGCAGGACUUGCCAAUGCAGCCUUCAGGACAGGUGUGCGUCAAUGUCACGAUACCAUUUGAGACCAAACUCAAUGAGAUGGGAGUCAUGUAUUUUGAGGCCAAGGAUCCGGCGACAGGCAAGGUUGAAUAUUUUUGCACUGACGUUAAGAUGGCUGACACAGAGGCUCUUCCUGAGGAGCAUCCGGCCAUGUGUGCAGCUGGAACGAGACACUCAUUCCAAUGCCGGAUGAGUACCUGUAGAUUAGGCCGAGGAGCCGUAGUUCAUAUGAUUGUGACCUCUGGACUUAUUUUUCUACAACCCUCUCCUAACCUGGGUAGAAUACAAUAGAUCAAUGCGAAGGCGCGCUACGGCUUUGGACAUGGAUGGAACAUGAUUGGUGUUGAGCUGUCUGGUUCUGUAGCUUAUCUGAAUAAAC